AUGAACAACGCACAAGAUAUGUCUCCCGAUUUUGUCUUGAUGCGACUGGUCUCAGCGGCCGAGGAUGACCGCUUGGACGAGGAGAAUGGGAAUUUGUCGUCGCGCAGUGGAGUAUCGGCUAGUUUCGGACAGGAGGUCUUAGGUCAUGGAAAUAUCAAACGUACCUUCGAUUGUGCACAGAAUGAAACGACUGGGCUUGCACGACACUUGUCACCAAUGAACAAAGCAUCGCAACCCAGCGGUAGUGAGGCACCUGACACGGGAGUGAUGGCGACUAGACCCUCGGUGUCUUUUCCGCCUCCUUCCCUUAAUUCUACCGAGGCCCAUAAUUGUGACUUCGCUCACAGAGGAAACAUGCGGCCCCAGCUUCUAGUAUUUCGGAAUAUAACGAGAGAGGCCAGUGGACUCUCCGAAAAUAAUUUGGAGGAUCUACAUCAGCCAUGGGCUCAAAAGGAACAAAUCUCAGCCAGCGCACCCGGGUCGAGUGGCAUCAACAAUAAUCCGCUUGGCGGUGUGGAUGCUCAACAGAAUCGUAGCUGGGCUUUGCACCCUCAGAUCAAAUUGUCUGCGGCUGCUUCGCAAACUAACAGCGCCGAACUGUGCUACCGGCAUCGCUUGAUCACUGAUAAACCUGACUGGCCUCCAGUUGGGGACAAAAUCAACCCUAUAGCUGUUGUCGAAUCCCAGUGGGGUUGCACAGCAGCACCGAUAGAUCCCCAGCUCCCUGACGGGCCUGUGUUUGAUCUUGCUCAGAAAUUCGGGGAACUGGGUGUCGCUGAUGUUUCAGAGCUUUCGCUAAAGGAUGGUGAACUGCCACACUGCUCCUGUCAGAGAGUAUUGGGUCCGGGAGCUGCUGGAAUUGGACAAGGAGAGGACCCGACUGAGACUAGCGACGCAUUGCUGGUGCUGGAAGGGCUUGGGACGGAGGAGGUGACUGGCCUGAGUACAAAUACUUGCCAAACAAAUGACUCGGAGAUUCAGGACAGGGGACGAUCGUGCAUCCUAGCGGGAAAGAAAGACUUAGUGGAUAAGAUGUCAGGUGCAUUUGGACUCAGCUGUUUUCCUUCGGUAUUGACUGGGCAAGCGGUGGGCAUGGCCGGACGACUUUGCUCGCCAUCCUGCCGCGAAACGCAACUGUGCUGUUUGUUACGAGACUCUCUAAACCCCGGGCCGCAUGAGGACCCUGCAGAAAUACACACACCCAAGGUGCCGUCACCAUCCGGAGAGUCUAUUGUCGGAUCCAGCCAAGAUACACCUUGCUCAAGCCAAACGUCGACCCCGAAGACACGCGCUGACAAAAGUGACAGUUCGUCUCGUAUGUCAGUGCACCCUGGAGGAGGUGAAAAGACGCUGAAAGUGCCAGGGAAGUCCAGAAAGGGCUCUCUUAAAAUUCGCCUGAGUAAACUUUUCAGAACUAAGAGCUGUAGUGGCUCUAAUAGCCAUCUAGAGAAGAGACCCUCAGUAACAUUUUCAAUUUCUUCUGCUGGGAGUUUAAUGGACAUGUAUGGUGCAAGUGGUGGCGAACCAGACCUGGGCAGCCAACCUGGACUAACAAGGGCCCAAAGUGCCUUCUCUGCUGCUUCUCUUGCUCCAGCAUUCACAGGAGAGACUGUGUCCUUGGUGGAUGUGGACAUUUCCCAGAGAGGAAGAAACUCUUCUCAUCCACCUACUCCACCGCCACCGCCACGCCGGAGUCUCAGCCUGCUGGAUGAUAUAGGAGGGCCACAGCCUGGGCCUUUCCUAGUGAGUGUUAUGGGGGCAUCCCUGCAGUCUCUCCCCCUGCCUCUUCCUCCUCCUCCUCCCCUCCAUACCACCAUCCAGCACAGUCUCAGCCUCAAUGAUGCUUUUUUCCGGGCACUUCCGCAUUCCACCUCUUCUCAGAUGGAUACUCCUGCUCCCUCCAGAGUGGCUCCACCUCCAAUCGUCUGCCCUCUUAGGGGACCCGAUGCCAGCAGCUUCACUGCCAGUCUGAGAGAGCUAGAGCGGUGUGGCUGGUACUGGGGUCCCAUGAAUUGGGAGGAUGCAGAGAUGAAGCUGAAGGGGAAACCUGAUGGUUCGUUCCUAGUGCGGGACAGCUCAGACCCGCGCUACAUCCUCAGCCUGAGCUUCCGCUCUCAAGGGGUCACCCACCACACACGCAUGGAGCACUAUAGAGGAACUUUCAGUUUAUGGUGCCAUCCGAAGUUUGAAGACCGCUGUCAUUCUGUGGUUGAGUUUAUUGAGCGUGCCAUAAUGCAUUCUAAGAAUGGGAAAUUCCUCUACUUCCUGCGUUCACGCGUGCCUGGGCUUCCACCAACCCCGGUACAGCUGUUGUAUCCAGUGUCCCGUUUCAGCAAUGUGAAGUCUCUCCAGCAUCUGUGUCGUUUCUGUAUCCGACAACUCGUCCGGAUCGAUCACAUCCAGGAACUCCCUCUGCCCAAACCACUGAUCAGCUACCUAAGAAAAUUUUACUACUAUGACCCAGAGGAGGAGAUGUAUCUGUCAGUCAAAGGCAUUCGCCAGGCAACACCAAUAGACCAAGAGGCAGAGUCUCAAACGUAG